AUGACCCUCAUUUAUGGUUGGGUAUCGAAAUGUGCCGAGCUUUCGGACAACAUAUUUCUUCCCUCUGAGCCGAGAGUUCCAUCGACCCUGGACAAAGACGCCCAGAGAGUCUUCCGAGUGCUUCUAAACAGGGGCGUGGCUAUUAUCCCAUCUAAUGUUGGAUAUGCGGUUAUUGCUACCGACCCCCAAGCUUUGAAUCGUAUUUUCGCUGCAAAAAGGCGACAACCGCACAAAAAGCAUGCCAUGAUUGGGUCGUACGCCCUCCACCUUGAGGUUCAAAGUCUCCCCCCAUACGAAGAGGAUAUGGUCAGGCUCCUGACGGUGGAUUUGGACCUCCCUCUCGGGGUUGUUGCCUCAUACCAUGUUGAUCAUCCCAUGAUAAAAAUGUUUUCGCCGACUACAUUGCAGCAGAGUUCUAUCGAGGGAACGUUGGCUAUGCUUGUCAAUGGUGGUCAAUUGCAAGAUGAAAUAUCUCGCCUGGUUACGCAAGAAGGAAUUCCUCUCUUGGGGUCCUCUGCUAACUUAACGGGAACUGGAACAAAAGUCACCGUCGAGGAUAUAGAUUCCGAGAUAAGAGGCAUCUCGGAUAUCAUUAUCGACCACGGGCGACAAAAAUAUAGCCAUCCGCGGCCGUCAUCCACCAUGAUAGAUUUCAAGAACCGCCGGCUUCUGAGGUAUGGCGCAUGCUAUGAUGUAGUACAAGAUGCAAUGUCGCGAUUCUAUGGAAUAGACCUUCCCAAUGAUCCCGGCAGGACUACUUUAUUUUCGGGCCAUAUAUCGCCUACUAGACAACACUGGCAGUGA